AUGGCUGGCCGGCGCCGCGCGUCGUUUCCGGCAAUGUCGCUGGUCAAGUACUUGCUACCCGCGUACUACCUCCGUCGGCCGAAGCGCCUCUUCUUCCUCUCGUUUCUCCUCAUCGCGGGGAUGUUCCUCCUCCUGCGCCGGCAGCACAAAGCGCGCCAAGUGAAGGCACUCACAGCGAGGGUGCAGGCGUUGCACAGCCAGAAGCAGAGCAUGGUGGCCGAGGUGAGCCUCGCUAUAAGGCUCCCUAAAGCAUCGUGUUUGGACUUCUCCCCUCCCCUUCCGUCAACCCAACUCCUUCCCCACCUUCCCCCCUUUCCUCGCCCCUUUUUUCCAUAUCUCCCCCCCCUCCCUCCUGCAUCCUUUUUUUUCCUGUGGCUGCUGGAAAGAACACGUAGGGGAGCGCAUGGGACGUCCAAGGAGGGAGAGGAGGCAGGGGAGGAAAAGCAGUUGUUCGAGCCGGGGAGGGUGAUGAGAGAGGGGGAGGAGGGGGAAGAGGGGGUGGAGGAGAAGCGGGAGGCGAUACGAGAGGCGAUGGCGCAUGCAUGGAAGGGGUACAGGCAGUAUGCAUGGGGCAUGGAUGAACUUCAGCCGUGCACCAAGACCGGAGCGAACCACUUUGGCGGGCUGGGUUUGACCAUCGUUGACUCGCUUGACUCGCUCUACCUCAUGGGGCUCAUGAAGGAGUUCGACGAGGCCAAGAGCUGGGUGCAGGAGAAGCUCUUCUUCAAGCAUGACUACGAUGCCAACGUCUUUGAAACCACCAUUCGCAUACUGGGCGGGCUACUGAGUGCAUACGACCUGUCAGGCGACCCAAUGCUGCUCGCUAAAGCAAAGGAGCUCGCACACAAGCUGCUGCCGGCCUUCGCCACGCCCACGGGCAUCCCCCUCGCCUUUGUCAACCUCGCUAGUGGCAUUGCUCGCUCGCAUGGCUGGACUGGGCGCUCCGCAAUGCUGGCAGAUCUUGGCUCAACGCAGCUGGAGAUGGUGGCACUCUCUCAACGCACCGGCGAUCCCAAAUACGCCAAUGUUGUACGCGCCUCCCCUCCCCCUUCGCCUUCCUCGCACCUUUCCUAUUCCAAAUACACCAACGCUGCACGCACCUCCCCUCCUUCCACGCACCUCCCCUCCUUCCACGCACCUCCCCUGCCCUCCUUCCAUGCAUCUUCUUGUCCCUCCUUCCACACACCCCCCGUCCCCUCCUUCAUGCCCCCUCCCGUCCCUCCUUUUGCGCUCCUCCCCUUCCCUCCUUUCUAA